AUGGAAGAAAAACACCCACCUGAGCUCAUUCGGUUUAAAAAACCUUCAGGAGCUAUAAAAUUGAAGAUAAAAAAGAAGAAGUUGACUCAAAACCCAUCAAAACGGAUUUCAAACGCCUUGAAACCUAUCAAUGGACGAAUUCAAGAUGGACGCUCACAGGCGUUAAAGCGAGCGAAUCCGUUUAAGUGUUCUCCGAGAAAAAAGGCGAAUCUCUCCGCAGAAGAGAAAACUUCAGAAUGCAGGCUGUUUAGUGCCCUCGAUGGACUGGACGAGAAUCAGGAAAAUAGAUCCACAAACACUGUUCAUGAAACAAGUAAUAACUCACAACAGCAAAAUACUGGCAAUAGCCUGGAAACUGACAUUGCUGAUUCUCCACUAACUGUGGCUAAAGAGAAAAUCGGCGAGAAUGAUGGUUCAGAAUUUUUUCCUUUAGACUGGAGCUUAAAAACUAAAGUAAGAUUUUCUUCUUCCAAGACGUUUAAUUGGUGUGGGACAUUGAAGACAUUUGACGAAGGUGCUGGUAUGUCACAUUUUGUUCGUUGCCAAACAAAGGAAAUCGACUCAAAUGGAAACGGUGCUUCUCAUCCUGAAUCAUUUUGUUCCUUUACCAAAGUUUGGAUGCACCCUUCUCUACCGUGGCUUGAACUUUUUCCACGUAAAUCAGCCGAUGGUAGAACUAGUUCGAAACGACAUUUCCUAAUCACGGAAGAAAUGGCAUCUUCUCUUCACCAUGACUGGGUGUCCAGUUUUCGCUCCGUCUUCAACAUGGUGCGCGUUGGUUUUUGUCCUUACUUUUAUCUAGUUGCAAAUCAGAACACUAUGCUUUUUCAGGCAGCUGGAAUAAACAGGGAUGAUGCAGUUCAAGUAGUUAUAACACCCACGACCAAAGGUUUCCGGGAUGCAUUGAGGAGUGAAGGUAAAUCUACAUCACUGUACAGGUUUAUGAAUAAAGGGAGAAACUUUCUAAAGAAACUGUGGUGCUGCGAUAUCCCUCUGACAAAGGGCUACAGCUCAAAACAUCAGCUUUUAAACUCUUUAAGAUGGCCAAUUUAUGUUAUCAUCUCAGUUGAUAAUACUUAAUUACACUGUACAGAUUAGUUUCAUGGGUGCAAUAAUCACUGUAGAAAUAGUUCAUCGAAAACCUUUACCAGACACUUAUAACCUUGAGCUGGUAACCUUGUACCUUUAUAUGUUGGUAACCAAGGUGAUUUUAUUCAAGAUGAGACAAUGAUCCAAUGAAAACAGCUGUUAGCAGUGGGAUGAUAUAAUAUACACUUAAGUCUGGUCCCCAUGGAAAUAGUUAGUUUUGUUUUCCUGAGAGUCCUGAUGUUUCCCUCAACAUUGUCUUGGGAAACAUCAGAACUCUCAAGAAAACAAAACUAGUUUCCCAAGGGACCAUACAUUAGGUGCUUUGUUCUAUAUUUGGACUUUCUCUUAAACAAUCAUAUGGCAAAAACAUGCUGUUGUACAUGUAUUCAGCAUGCUUGCAACAACCGCAUAAUUGUGUCCUGGUCAGGAUUUUGAUCAGGGGCACGUGACCAAGAUCAACCAAUCACAGUUCUCGUUUUGUUGAGUGAAAGUCCAGGAAUAUAACAAUGUGAUUUGAGCUCCAGAAUAAAUUUGUAUGUAUGCUUACAUGUACUGACCACUACAGACAAGAAAUGCUCCCAGGAUGCCACUGGUUUUGAGUAAAAUAACUGAGCUGCUGCAACCACUUGUUUAGAGAAGAAUUUGUAAACAUGAUUGUAACAUUUUAGAUUUAUUGUGUUUUUACAAAUUUAUAUUCAAUCACAGCAAUUGAAGACUUUUCCUUGUUCACAUAACCAAUUGAACACCCAUGGUUUGGGAAAACUCACCAAAAUUAUGCAGACAGUUAACGCAUCAUGGUUUAAAUAACACAAUCUUGAAUUUUUCCCAACAUGCCCUGUGUUCACCUGAUUUAAAUUGAUUACAGGGCUAGCCCUCUAGUACUUGUGAUCAUCUGGUUUCUUUUUUCAGGAUUUAUUGAAUAUAAUCUACCUUGAAAUUACCCAAUCACUUAAUCAGUAAUUUUACCCUUCAAAGGCUAUUUUUCUCUUGAAUCUAAUUUUCUUCAUAAUAACAAUAUUAUAUUAUCACAUCCUAGGAAUUAACUUUACCAUGCCGCACUUGGAAGUCAAAGGAAAGAAAGAGUCUGGGCCUGAAUCUCAGGAUGAGGACUCAGACGAAGAGGAAGAAGCUGACCUUGCGGAUGAUUCUGAUGAUGAGAGUAUCGACAAGUGUGAGUGGCUAGAAAGCAUGGGACUUGAUAAGGAACAGUUUCCACUGUUAAACCCCAAAGUUGUUACACCACAUCAGAGGAACAAUCUAAGAAGCUUAGAUCAACAACCAACUUCUACAGUGUCAGUGAGAGGAGUUGAUACUCUUGCAUUGUUUAACUUCCUACUCAACUGUAAAAGUUUAACAGCCAACACUGGACCACAAGCUCAGGUGCCACCAACACUGCUGGCCCCUGUUGCAUUUGAAGGAGCCACUUUAAAGGGUCUGAAGAUAAACCAAGGUACCAUGAAGCAUCAAAAAGCUAAGGCUAUGGCACAGGUAUAGGAUACAUUUGAUUGACUUUCAAUAUUUCUUGACCUUAUUCUUUACAGAUGCUCUACCAUCAUGAUAAGAUCAAUGAUAAUUCUCGCAACAAUAAGGUAAAGGUUAUGCUUUCUCUGGAGACUAUUGGCCAAAACAGUAACAUGUAACACAGUUUAUUCUUGUUCCACUAUUAUGAAGCUACUAACAGUAUUGCAUAGUGAUCCCCCUCCCCUCCGAUGUUUUGCUAGGUUUACCUGAAAAUUUUAUGUUGCCAAUUUAAACUAAGUGGAAAGAGGAGAAGUAUCUUACCUGAAAAAUACAUGCUAUGACAAUAACUGUUUUUAUGAUGUCACUGGCAGCGCCUUUGGUCAAUAUGAAGUGAAUCCUGUUCUUUGAUUGGCUACCCCAACAGGCAAGAUGGGCCUCUCUUGCCUGCUUGGGAUUUCCCACUUUGAUCCUGUGCGAAAAUACAUUGCAUGGAAGGGACUUAAAAUUUUUUUUUUCAAUUUUUGGACAGUGUGGGCAAUGGAGUUGCAAAAAGCUGCAGAAGACAAGAAAAACAAAGAAAAUAUAAACUACUCUCAUGGGUUUAUUGUGCACAAAAAAAGAACUUGGUCAAUAUGUAGCCAUCUUGAUCAAACAAGCUUGGUCAAUAACGCACAUUUAUUUCCAGCACUUCAGAGAUUUGUUUAGUUUACUGUGAAUUUUCAUUGGUUCCUUAAGAUGUUUUCAUUGCUGUAAUUGGUGACUAUGAUUACUUACUAGGUUUUGGGUUUUUCAACUCUUAAAUGAAGGGUGCUCUAAUUGUGAUGAUAUCCUUUUAGUUAUACAGCCUGGAGAUUUCUGGUCCAAUCCUUCCUGGCUGUCUGUAUGAACUGUGUCAUCUACUGAGGGAAUCACAAGGAGGAGACUUCAAAGCCACCUUCUUUGUGCACCAACCAUCAGUAGCAUUUAAUGUCCCAAGCAUUAAAACAGAGGAAAACUAUAUUCAGAGUGGGUGUAAUUUACAGCAAAGCAUCUCACAUGGACAGUGGAGACACUACCUGGAGGCAGAAAAACUUAAGGAAAUGUGUUUAAAAGACCUUAGCUGCAAAGACAAACUUUUCUCUUGGACAACUUGAGUAAGUCACUGCAGCCAUUUAAAUAAUUUUUCCACUGCAAGUACAGUCGUUUGAAUUUAAAACGCAGCUGGAUCUUAAUGCAAUCGAUAUUUACAGGGCAGCAGAAGUGUACUUGGCUUAACUAGAUUCUAAAGGGAUCUGAAUUUUAUAAAGGGAGCCUUUCUAACAUAACCAAGGAACAAAUGUUUUAAUUUUUUUAUUUUAUGGGUUUAUACAGACAAUAUAUUAUGAGUAUCCAUCUGCAGACAUGAAAAUCAUAUUUUUCCAAGUGUACAGCUUGACAUGAAAUGUUGUAUUAUAAUUGUAG